AUGGAUAGUGGAGAUAAAAGUUGGAUGGGUCUCCGAAGAUCCACCAAUGAGUAUAUCAGUGGUGUGAAUAACUUUCUUGAUACAACUUUUGAACGAGCUUCCAAAGGAGAUGAAAUAUUGUGUCCUUGCAAAAAGUGUGCUAAUUGUAAGUGGCAUCAUCGAAAUGUGGUAGAGGAUCACUUGGUUGUUUAUGGGUUUGUGCAAGGGUAUACCAAAUGGAUUUUUCAUGGGGAAAGUUUUUCCUCGAGAAAUAAUCUAGAUCAUAAUAAUAAGGAAGGUUCCAACAUGCGUGACAAUAUUGAUGGCCUACUUCACGAUACUUUUAGAGAUGUUGCAGGUGACUUGAGGCUUGAGGGAGUGAGAGAGGGGCCAUCCGAAGAUGCAAAGAAAUUUUUUAAAUUGCUGGAGGAAGGUAAACAAGAGUUAUAUCAUGGGUGUGAGAAUUUCUCUAAACUGAAUUUCACCAUUAGAUUAUUCUUGUUCAAAUGCAUUCAUGGUUUGAGUAAUGUGGCCUUUGGAGACAUGCUAGACUUGUUAAGAGAGGCAUUUCCAUUUGCUCAUAUACCUAAGUCGUUCCAUAAAGCAAAAAAUGUGAUUAAAGAUUUGGGUCUUGAUUAUGAAAAAAUGCAUGCAUGUCCUAAUGAUUGCAUGUUAUUUUGGAAGGAAAAUAAUUGCUCUGUUUGUGGCACGUCUAGAUGGAAGACUGUUAAUGAUCCCUUGACUAAUGAAAGCUCCAAAAUUCCUGCAAAGGUUUUAAGGUACCUUCCCUUAAAACCUAGGCUUCAGAGAAUAUUCAUGUGUCCUGAAACAGCUGCAAAUAUGAAAUGGCAUGAUACUAAACGACCUAAAGAUGGCAACAUAAGGCAUGCGGCUGACGGGGAAGCUUGGAAGAAUUUUGAUUCCUUGCACGAAGAUUUUGCUAGAGAUCCUCGUAAUGUUAGAUUGGGUCUUUCAAGUGAUGGUUUCAACCCGUUUCGAACCAUGAGUAUUUCCCAUAGCACAUGGCCUGUUAUGUUAACGAAUUAUAAUUUAUCACAGUGGAUUUGCAUGAAACUAGAGUAUAUGAUAUUAUCUAUGAUCAUUCCAGGUCCAUCGUCGCCAGGAAAGGAUAUUGAUGUCUACUUUCAACCACUAAUGCAGAAUUGA